CUUGGCUGCUCAGCAAGCAGUUUUCUUCUUCUUUUCUUGGAUCAGGAAUAUCAACCCUGCGGAAUACCUUGCCUUGGGUCACAAUUUCUUUAGGUAAAUCUUCAUGCAGCAAGUUACUUGCUCUCACCAUUCCAGGCUUGACCUGCCUUGCCUUCCCCAGGCCAAAUUGUUGCUGCACUUUGUCUUUUCUGCUAUCUGCCUGCCUGCCUUUCUCCCUGCCUCAAGCAAGCGUUCCCUACAGCUUGCCCCUUUGCUGUGCCUUCCCUCACUGUUGGAGAGAGCCAUCAAAAUCUCCUGAGUUUGUGUGGUGGAGUUAAAGCAAGGUUAUGUGAGCAAAUAGUUUGUGACUAGUGUGAAGAUCCAGUCAAAGUGGUUAAGUUUAUAGUUCAUCUUAUAAAAGACAGGCAAUUAGAGCAAUUCACUAAACCAUGAUUCUGUGUUGUAAAAAAACAGCUUUAUAUCUCUAGUGCUACAUUUGUCUACAUUCAUGUUCUCUCCAAUUCAAAAGGCAGAUGAAUACCACACCUUGGAAUGAGUCAAACAAAUUCCAGAGGUAAAGUUGAAUCAAUUACAGUGGCUAAUACACUACCUUGUAUAGAGUCACUAAAGAAUUUAGUGAUAACAUUCUUAUAUGGCAACCUUUCAGUUGUUUAGGAAUUUGUGAAAUCUGCAUUUAAAUAUACACCAAUGACUCAUGACUUUUUCAUCCUUUACAUAUGCUGAGUUUAAGAACCCAUCAUUACCCAUGGCUGGAUGUGUGUUAAUAUCUACUGCCAUUUGGAAUAUAUACAUUUGAAAUGAAACUGGAUUUGUUGACUUAUUCUUACAUAAUCAGAAACACACAUUCACCCCAACUCUUGUGACUAACAAAGGACAAUCAUGAUUCCCACGUAAUCACCUGUAUCUUCAAGGAAGUACAACGUGUCUUCUUGAGACUAUUCCACAACAACAAAGAGUAGUCAUUUAUGAUAUAGAUCUUGAUGAACAACCAGCAUCCUUAAUGAAAAGAGUUUAAGCAUAUAAAGUUUGCAGCUUUUCCAGCAUCUUCCAGAGUACUCUGCUGAUAACUCUGCUUGCACAUUUGGAGAGUCAGUCUAGUUCAAAGUAUGACACAAAUUUAUUGAGACUGUAAAUUAGCAUCACCCAUUUAUAAAUUUGAUAAGAUAAUCUGGGAGUCAUAUAAACUUAUUUUGGCUUAACUCCAAAUAAUGCAACUCAAGUGGACCUAAGAAAAUGGGUUAAUCUUUGGAGAAUUUGCAUGUAUAUGAUAUUAUAAUAGAUCUGUCAUACUGGUAGCAUUUUAUCUCUGCCUAAAUUAUGCCAUAGGGACAACAUGUUGUUAUGUCCUAAUGUCAUCCUAGGAGGAAGGAAGGUCCAGCUCAAAUAACCACUUAAUGAAGUCACUGCAUAAUUUUGAACCAAUAAAUUCUUUCUCUGUAGGGAUAAAAUGCCCUGGAGAAAAUUGUGUCUACUCUUUUAGGAUUUAUGGACAGAAGGCAGACUCUAGAUGAGGGGUGUAAAACUUGUGGUGUCAUGUUGUCGUCACAUGACGUAUUGCACCUUUUGCAUGGCCAGCGUGUGAAACAUUUGGCUCAUGGGCCACAAGUUUAACACCCCUGCUCUAGAUUUUAAAAAAACAAUUAUUCAGAAGUACAGAAGGGAUAAUAAAAAUGCCCGCAGUAGUAAGUAUUGUUGCAGGAUCUAAUCUCGGUUGGUCACCUGGACCAGAGGUUUUGUCUUCCGAGCUUUUGGACUCAUGCUGGAGCCCAUCUUCAGGGCACUUCUCUCUAGCCUGAAGUUCCCUGAGGACCAGCUUUAGCACAACUCCAAAAAUUUGGAAGACAAAGUCUCUGGUCUGGUGACUGGGUGACUGAUUGGAUCCUGCAACGUUACCUUCAUUAGUAAGUAUUGUAAUGAAGGUAUGAUAACUCCUGGCCCAGCACCAUAGUUUUGCUCUGCCUAUAGGGGAGAGACUGAAGAAGGGAAGGGGCAUCUCUUGGGGGUGUAUUUGCACCUUUUUUUUUUUACUUUGCAAGGGAUCUAUUGAGUGCCUCCCUUCCUCUGUGCCCUUCCAUUUUUUCUUGCUCCACCCUCUCCUAACCCUAACCCUUGCUCAUUUCAUAGUUCUAUGUAUUACAUCAGGAAAUGGUUUUGGGAGGAAAUAGCUUGCAGAACCUGUGAGGAACUCUAGUCAUAACGGUAGGGGUACGUUCGUAGAGGCAGUCUUCUCUCCAGAAGUGGCUGAGCCAGGGGCAUGCAGUCAACAUGAGAUAAAUCACAAAAUUGACGGUUUCCGUUGAUUCAAAGGAUUUGAAUGGUAGGGAAGAAUGUCAGAUCCUUCUCUGUCAGCUGGUAAUAUAAGCCAAGCUAUGGAGGAACUACCAGAUGCCUUUGAUUUCUGCUUGCGUGAUGAUGCCAGUUCUCUGGGCUCCGACUCUGAGCUGAAUGGCAUGGCUCCCUAUCGCAAGACGGAUCGCUAUGGCUUUAUUGGAGGAAGUAGCCUCCAAAAUGGCCAAGAUCAUCUCCCUGUUGUGCUCAUCCGACACCGUGAAACCAAAUGGCUGGAAAUGACAGCUCACUGGGAGAAAACCAUGGCCAGGCGCUACAGGAAGGUAAAGCUGCUGUGUCGAAAAGGAAUCCCUUCCUCUUUACGCGCACGCUGUUGGCCUCUGUUGUGUGGAGGACAGGCCAAAAUGGAGAGGAGCCCCGAAAAGUACCAGGAAUUGCUUGAUAUACCUGGUGAUGCUCAGUGGGUGGAGACUAUCACAAAGGACAUUCACCGCCAAUUCCCUUUCCACGAGAUGUUCUUAUCUCCUGAGGGUCCUGGACAGCAAGGGCUGUUGCAGCUGCUGAAAGCCUACACUGUGUAUCGACCCGAAGAAGGUUAUUGUCAAGCUCAAGGUCCAGUGGGUGCCCUGCUUCUCAUGCACAUGCCACCAGAGCAAGCGUUCUGGUGCCUGGUACAGAUCUGCGACCACUAUCUGCCUGGUUACUACAGUCCCCAAAUGGAGGCGCUGGUGCUAGACAGUGAAAUUUUUACAGCGCUCCUCCAUCGCGUGUGUCCGAAGGCCUUUAAGCACUUGCAGAAGCAUGGGGUGGGGCCUUUGAUGUACAUGCCUGAGUGGUUCCUGUGCCUCUUUGCCCGCACGCUGCCCUUCCCCACGGUGUUGAGGGUCUGGGAUGCCUUCCUGAGUGAGGGAGUCAAGGUGUUGUUUCGUGUUGGUCUGCUGUUAGUCCGCUUAGCCCUGGGCUCCUCUGAAAAACUACGUGGCUGUCCAGGACUGGUGGAGACACUGGAGAAGCUACGCAGCAUCCCACCUCAGUUUCUGGAAGAAGACAGCUUCAUGGCUGAGGUCCAUGAUGUGCCCAUCUCAGAGAGUGACCUGGAACGUGAAUGUAGAAUCCAACUGGGGAAACUACACAAAACUCAGCCUAAAUUCCAGUACAACCCAAAGCAGCGCCUGUCUGGUGCAAAGGCCAUUUUUGACGUUCAGCAACUGGAGGAUGCACAGAGCAAUAAAACAGAGAAGGAAAUUCACGCACAUACUUUCCACAUCCCACAAAUCAAGGUAGACCCGCCCCCAUCACCCCCAAGGGAGCAGAAGAGGGCCUCGGAGAUGCACGCUCAGAAAAAAGAGCAGAAAAGGAAGAAGCCGGACACACGGGGAAAGACUUUCCAUGCCUUUGAGCAUCCCACGGGUAGAAGGGAGAGAAAGCUAGAACCAGAAGCUGCAAGGAGCAAGUCAUCUUUUUACUUGGAGGCAUGAUUCUCACUCAGGGCAGAGAAGAGAUGGAACUCUGAGAGAACAAUCAUGCAGCAUUUUCUCAUUGCCCUGCUCUGGUUAAUGGAUGAAUUCAGAAGUUUCGACAUAGCCUGAGUUGAAGGCAGUCCCGAAUUUCUAUGAAAAAAUUAAAUAAAAUAGGCUGGGUUUCCUAAUUUGAGGAGCUUCCUCUUUCUGAGGCCUUCAUCUAUAACCCUACUUGAAUUAAAAUAAGAUAUAGAUAAUCCCACCCUACAUAUGUUUUGAGAUGUAGAGCUAUGAGUUAUAGAUAUUUUGUGUGAGAGUGUGUGUAGAGAUACGAUUUAGCGAAGCUUAGUGAAUUUCAAAGGGCAGAGCAAGUAGAUUUCACUAAGUAUCCUUCUUCCCAUCACUCAGCUCCCAUCCUCAGUAAUUUUAACAUAGUGUCAGAAGGAGACCUCUUGAUAAUUUGGAAAUAUGUUAGCUCUCCAUUAACAGCUGCCUUAGACAGAAACUUUCUGCAGUUACAAUGGUAAUGAAAAAAUAAUUUUGUGAGAACUUUUGCAGGUCCAUAAAGCAAACAAAAGCUGAAGUAAAAUUGUAAAAUUGUGAUGUUUUACUUAGUGACUGCUUUGUUUAACGACCAGUUUGCUGGUCCCAAUUCUGGUCACUUAACAAGGACUACUUCUUUGCUAUAUAUUUUCAUCUGUUUUGCUGUGGAUGUUGUAACCUAAAGUCCAGGCCUGGCAAUGGGGAUAAAAAGAAGAGAAGUCGUCUAAGAUCUUGGAUGAAUGAAAACUAAUUUGAAAUACAUUGUAUUGCUCCAGGCUUUGAGAUACAGUAUUUGGCACCUUGAUUCUAAGGAGGUAAAAUUUAUUGCACCUGUAUACGUAAAACAGAUCUAAUUCAGUAAAAUUAUAAAAAAUGUGAUUUUCCUAUAUCCAUAAAAAAAACCAGAAAAUUGUUCUGAUUCAGAGUGGCAAAGGGGAGUGGGGGGAUUGUAUAAUUAUUUGGUUCCAGGAAAAGAUUGUUUUAAAUUGAACAAACUGAAGAAAAU